GCCUUCCUUUCAUCACGAAAGACAGCGUCGCGAAGUUGACAGCGUGUGUAUCGGGAAUGAUACUGCAUUUCCCGGGGUUGAUUGUAGCUACGAAGAAGGUAAAUAUUCGUGCAACGAAAGAGCUUGCGGUCGGCUUGAUUCACAGAAACCAAAUUCCUCGCUGUGGAGAUGCGUCUCCUACAAUAUCUCUUUAUCGGAAUCCAGGCCAUGCCUUUCAAACGUUUGGCCUGGGUAUUGGAUGAUUACUAAGUGCCCAAUGAACUGGCCUUUGGAUAAUUUUAGAAGGAGAUGUGAAUCUGCGCCGUCAGAAUUAACACUUCCCGUUGAAGAAGAUAAUAUUCCAGUUGUUUCAAAGGAUGCACUGACAUAUCGCAAUCAAUAUUGUGCACUGUGUCACGGCAUAAGAAAUUACACUGCAUGGGAUGUAAAGGUAUAUUACAUUGAUAAACCUCCUGAAGGAGAUGACUUGAACUCUCUAUUAAAGUCUUUUAACUGGAGUCUUAUUGAUAUCAUCCCCAGAUCUAAUCAGCCUGGAAGGAUUUGUUUCGGGAAAAAUUAUAUUGACAGCUGUGGUUCAACAGAACCUUCGACAAGUUCUUUCAACAAGUCUUGUGUUGAAGAUUCUGCUGAAUUUUUAGAAUUUUGGGGCGAUGUUAAGCUUUAUUUUAGAAACAAGGCUUGUGCUUUCUGCAAUGGGUAUCAAAGUUUUUCACACCCGUUUCCAUUAAGAUUAAGUUGUGGGAGUAAGAUUGGUGGACUGCCUCUAUCACAUUCACUCGUGUUUAAACUACGUACUGUCAACGGACUACCGCCGCGUACUGUAGUCGCACAAACGUGUCCUUCCGGUACGGUCUACGACACGAUCUUGAAAUUUUGUCGACGAGGAUAUAUUGAUUCGUCCAGCGGUGAAUUGACCAACGUGUACUUGAUGAUAUUAUGGUGUAACCAGUCUAGAGGAAGGCAGCCUGCGAUCAUUUCUGAGCUUGAGAAUGUUUUAAAACAAGCGAUUGUCAGCCAAUUUUCACUUCACCGCAAUCAAAUCUCACAGCUUAUUUUUCAUAAUCAAGAUGAAAAAAACAAUUUACUUGUCGUAUCUUUUCAUCUCACAUUGACCCCGUCUCAAAACUUGAUUUUGGAAAACCAAGACAAUCGUAUCUUUAAUGUUACAAGUGAGGAAGGCGAAUUCUUGAGGUUGUUGAACUCCAAAGGAAAUUUCACCCUAUCUUGGAAAGAAAACGGUUUCUUCGUUACAAAAAUGAUUUCAAAACGACUGUCUUGUUACGGUGGGAAGACUUUCAAAUCACAUGAAUACAAAAUUGCUAAGAAAAAUGGAAGUUUUUUUGUAGAGAAAACAGGGGAAGUUUUUUCGCUAAAGGAUUAUGCUUUAGUUGAAGAAAAGGGAGGAAAUAUUACAUUAUGUCGUAAACUGGUUCCUUCGGACUGCAGAAAAGGUGCUUACGUGCCUCUCAGACCAAACGAAUAUGUUGUUCUUCAAAAUUUAUCUGUUUAUUACAACGCGACAGGAAAUAUCUUCAAUUUUGGCGAGUAUCUAAUUGAUAAAAGCAAAAACGACUUCAACGUUUCAAGCCAAAAUCUUACUUCAUCCAAAAGCUCAACGAUUUCCGUUUGCUUACCAUUUAGAGACACGUUUAACGCAACCAUAAUAAAAAACGGCGAAAGUUUAACAAAUUAUGAACUACGAAUUCUAACACUGAUUGGUUUCAUCAUCUCCAUAAUUUGCUUAUUCCUACUUUUGGUAACUUAUGGAUGGUUCCGAGAAUUAAGAACUGUCCCAGGAAUGAAUUUAAUGAACUUAGGCUUCUCAAUGUUGUUGUCAGAUCUCAUAUGGUUGAUAGGAACCAGUCAUUUUACUGGAACAAUAACGUGCAAAGUGUUUGCGAUAUUGGAACACUAUCUUUUCCAGGUAUCAUUCCUUGCAAUGUCCGUCAUUUCAUAUCAUUCUUGUCUAGUUUUCGCUCGACCUUUUGCCGGAAGACAUGUAAACACGUCUUGGCGAAGGUUUUCCACUUAUUCCGGGGUCGUGUGGCUGACUCCGGCUGUAUUUGUCGCAAUCUGUGUAACCUUGGAUGAAACUGGAGUAUUCUCAUUGGAUUAUGGUACGAAUUGUUGGUUGGGAACUUUCAACGGUAUCUUGUAUCUAUUCUUAUCACCGCUGGCUAUAUCACUCCUCUACAACAUCUACACGUUCAUAAAAACAGCUUGUUUGUUACUUCGUGAUGACGAGAGACGAGAUAUUUUACAACGCAAGGAAGGAAAACAAAAUCUUCUCAUCUGCAUCAAACUUGCAUCGUUGGUCGGUUUUCCCUGGCUGUUUGCGUUCCUUGGUGUCCUGUUUCCCGAUGAAAUAGCAUUUGAAUAUUUGUUCGUCAUCUUUGUUUGCCUACAAGGAUUGUACAUCGGAGUGGCGUUCUUGUUCACCAGGAAAACUUUGGAUCUUUACAAAAAACGAUGGAAUAUCGGCCGCAGUGGAAAAAAUACAUCUUAUACUUCAGCACCAACUUUUGAAAUGACUUAAUCAAUUUGAGUAUGGUAAAGCACUAAAUUUAAGACUAGUAGUAAUGAAAGAUUAGACAAGUGCGUCCGAUUUUUUAUUACCAAAUGUUUUUUGUACUAUAAAUUUUACAAACAAAAC